AACAAACAACCAGUCUGCACCUACCUAUACAGUGGGUAUAUCGCCCACUCGCGUUUUUAUCUGUGAUAAGUUUAAUUUUAGCUCAAAAUGUAUUGUAUUAUCGCUACGAUAGUUGCGUUGCUGUACAUGUGCUGGGACGUCAACUACUUCCUCAGGAUCGCUUUCACUAUCGGAAUAGGGCGACUGUUCCAAAAGAAAUGCGGUGUGAAUGAUACCACCACGAUUUACGGGUUCUGCACGACGCAAGACGUGGACAUCUUCCUCCGGCACAUGAACAACGCCCGCUACGUGCGCGAGCUGGACUUCGCGCGGUUCCACUUCUACGAUCGCACGGGGAUGUAUGACAACAUCAUGGCGGCCAAAGGACACGCGCUGCAGGGCGCCUCCAGCAUCCGAUACAGGAGGACCAUACCCAUCUUCACGGCCUACAAGGUCGAGACCAGGCUAGCGUACUGGGAAGACAAGACCCUGUUCGUGGAGCAGAAGUUCAUCACUUUGAGCGACGGGUUCGUCCGAGCCAUCGUGCUGUCCCGACAGAAUCUGGUGGAUGUGGACGUGGCCACGCUGUUCCGGGGCAUCCCCGGAGCUGACUCCAAGCCCGAGUGUCCUGAGGAGAUCAAGCACUGGCUGCAGUCCAUAGAAGUUUCUAGCGCAAAGCUCAGGAAGAAGGAUUAAGAUUGGAGGGAACAGUGGUGGCUUUAGAAUGCGUUGUGAAGGAUGGUGGGGUACAAUUAAUCUCAAUUGCCUAUCUCAUGUAUUUACACUGAUAUACACGUAUUAUAUACGAGUACUUACACGUACGAUUUAAAAAAUGAGAUUGGUUACAGAAUACGAUCUAAACGAAGUGGAGUUUUGUACUUAACUUAUUUUUAUUGCUAUAGCUAUAUAGAAGUAAGUUUAAUUUUGUAAAAAGAAAUGUGUAUAUUAAAUGGUUGAGGUGGAAAAAAA